AUGGGCAUUUUUUGCUUUGAAUUUUUGUUAAAAGUGAUAGCAUUUGGAUUUGUUCUCCAUAAGGGAUCAUAUCUUCGCUCAGGAUGGAAUAUUAUGGAUUUUAUUGUUGUUGCCUCAGGUGUUGUAACAAUGAUGCCUUUUACAUCGUCGGAUGGAGAAGGACGAGGUUCGAUCGAUUUAAGGACACUUCGAGCUGUUCGUGUCCUCAGGCCACUCAAACUUGUCUCCGGCAUACCAAGCUUGCAAGUAGUAUUAAAAUCGAUACUGUAUGCAAUGGCACCAUUGUUACAAAUUGGUUUAUUGGUUCUCUUUGCUAUCGUCAUAUUUGCAAUUAUUGGAUUAGAAUUUUAUUCCGGUAUAUUCCAUUCUGCAUGUUACAAUGCUUAUGGUGAAAUUGAAAAUCUCAGUGAUCGUCCAUUUCCAUGCUCGAAUAAAUCAGCAGCAACGGGUGCAUAUAACUGUGAGGUAAAGGGUACAGUAUGCCUUACUCAAUGGAUUGGACCGAACUAUGGUAUAACUUCAUUUGAUAAUAUUGCAUUUGCUAUGAUUACUGUAUUCCAAUGUAUUACUAUGGAAGGAUGGACCACUGUGAUGUAUUAUACGAAUGAUUCACUUGGUAGUACAUACAAUUGGGCAUAUUUUAUACCUCUAAUUGUUCUUGGUUCUUUUUUCAUGCUCAAUUUGGUCCUUGGUGUUCUGUCCGGGUAA